AUGGAUACUCGAGCACCAAAAAGGCAGAAGGUGGCAACGGCUUGUGAUCCCUGCCGAGGCCGGAAGGUCAAAUGUGAUGGUCAUCAACCAAUGUGCGGACCAUGCGAGAAAAGGUCCAAGUCAGUUUCUUGCACGUGGGCCACGGACUUUUCACAUGCUCCAUCAGUAUCCGCAGAUUAUAUCAAACGCCUCGAAGGUCAAAUCAAACUGCUGGAAGCACGUAACAGUCAAGGUUCCCAAAUCUCAGCCAGCAAUAACCCAAGUUCAAAUAGUGCUUCAGAAGACUUAUCAGCAGAGACCAUGAGUAGUCAUGGAGCUACCACUUCAGCUUCACCUGCAUCUGCAACAUGGCUUUCUACAGUUGCGUGGGAGGGAUACCCGUCAAUGAAUACGCCAGAAAUGAGCACCAAUCAAUGGCAGUCUAAUUUGGCUCCCACAAUCAGCCCAGGCCUAGUUCCUUCAUUUCAAGAGCUCUCAAAAAGCAUCGAUACUAUGUGCACCUCUAGCAACCCUCCCAGCCAUAACAUUGUGGUGGAUCAUAAUCACGGGACCGGCGUUAUUGAAAAACCUUUUGCACAAAGUUUCAUGCAAGAAGUGGAGAACUUAGUCGUAGAGAAAAUCGGUGAAGCAUCAACACAUGCAUCAAAUGUUCUUGGCUUUGAUCUCAACAUUCCCUCAUCCCGAAUAACAACUCAUGAAUCACAACUAAGGAAUCUGGACUACGCUUUACCAAGUCGGGAGCAAGCCGAUAGCCUACUCACAUCGUAUUUUGAGAAUGUUCAUGUUUUUUAUCCAUUUUUGGAUAGACUGGAAUUACGAGAAGAGUAUGAAAGAAUUUGGCGCUGUGACAAUUACACAACUGAUCAAGGAUCGUUGAUUUGUCUAAUAAACUCGGUAUUCGCUAUCAGCAGCCGCCAAACGAGAACAACAGUUUCAAACCAUGAGAAUAUGGCUUCCAUCUUUUGCAGAAGAGCACAAGGAUUCCUCAACAUCCAAGAGUGUUCAGUCCGUUCAGUUCAGUCAUAUCUUCUCUUAGCGUUAUAUUUUCAAAGCAUGGGCGAAUCUCGUACGUGCUGGUUAUAUGUUGGAAACGCAAUACGCACAGCUCAGCUGCUUGAACUUCACUUACCUGAAACAAGCGAAAGAAUAGUCAAAAGCCAAGCUAGAGACUCGCUUCGUAAAGCUUGGCAUACUUGUGUUCUUAUGGAUAGAGAAGUUUCAAUGUUAUAUGGGCGUCCAUCUAUGAUUGACCCACAAACUGCCACUACUAUUCCGCUCCCCUUACUUACGGAGGAAGAUAAUUACCAACAGAGACACAAUGAAGGAAGCACCACCGAGAAGCCGCCAACCUAUACUGCUGAAUUCUAUAAGUCCGGUCUAAAACUUUACGAUAUAUUGUAUGUCGUACUUCUGGAUUCAAGACAUGGUAAACCUGACAGAAAUUUGAAGAAAGUGCGUUGCACUUCCGAAAACACCUCAUCUGCUGGGACAAACAUUUCAAUUCUUAAUCUACAGGAAAGACUUUCAAAUUGGGAACGAGACAAUCCUGACCAUCUUAGAAUUGAGAAUCAUUCUACAUCUAACGAUCCAAAUGCUGUUUUGAGCCGUCGAGCUUCAGUUCUUCACCAAAGAUAUCUCCACAUUCACUUGUUGUUGUUGACGCCCGUUCUUCAACAAAUAAUUUGCACCGAGUUCCAAAAUAAAACAGAACGCAUCCCUCUUGGAACUUUACUCUCUCAUCGAAUCUCUCUACAAUGUGCAAUUGUGUGUGUUAAAAUUGCCCAAGAGGCUAUUGAUACUAUACACCUUCGCGAAACUUCAGGUUCGAAUGAGAUCCCCGCAUCGUGGUGCAAUGUAACAUUCUUGUACAAAUCCGCGACAGUACUGAUUGCAGGAGGUCUUUGCCCUUCUAUUGUGGCUGAAAUAUCAGAAGCUUCAAUCCAUGAAAGUUUCUACAAGGCCACUGCAAUUCUCAGACAGUACACUACUUUCAACUCGUCGGUCCUCCGUCUGGUUACUAUACUAGAUAUCCUGUUCCAGAUCGUGCCUCAAAAAUUCUCCCGCUUGAAGAAAGCUUCUCAACGGAUUGAAACUGAGGCCGGGCCACCUACCCCUGAUGACGAUAAUAGCGCGGCAACAUUUCAGUACUGGUGUCCAAUAAAACCAAUCCGUCAUGCAGCAUCUGCUCACCAAGAUACUGUGCAAUCUAGCCCCGAAAAUAGUGGUUCAUCUCAGAUUCUUACAGAUUUGGACCGGCUCUUUGACACGGACGACUUUACAUGGCUCACUAAGAUGCCUUUGAAUACUUGA